GGGAAGCAGAGAGGGUGCGUUUUACUGACAAGGGGAAAUGAAGUUAUUGAAACUAUGAUAGAGUUAAGGAAAGUGUGCAACCUUGUCGCCAAUGCUGCUAAUUUUGUUUCACAACGGCGAUGGGAGAAACGCCUCCCUGCGAUUGCAAAUGAUACUGAACAACCAAGAAUUUUGAAUCAAGAGAAAAAUGGAUUAGUUCUGUUUACCUGGGAUGAUGUUACCCAGGCAAGCAAGGGAGCCAUAUGUACCCAUCUGGGGUUGUAUGAUCCAAUCAACAAAACACAUGAGGUGAUUUGGAUCUACAACCAAAGAGUGAGAAUGGUGUCAUGUUCCAUGAACAAGGGGAGAUCACUUAUAGCAUUUACAAUAAUAAACAAAGAUGAUUCCCUAACAGCCAAAAUGCCAGGGAAAGACAUCUACAGUGUUUUCCUAGCAGAAAUUCAGGCCAAAAGCACUAGAGUCUUCUCCCUUAACAUAGAACGACAGCAAUUCAUCAAAGUGCAGUUCUUGUACGACAGUCAAGCAUCGGAUAGAGAGUCUCAUCUGCUGCUUAUGCUACAUAGAGAGUCGGUGGGGCUGUAUCACAUCAGACUGGGCCGGGUCGGAGAGAAGGGAGUGGUGAUGCUAGACCAGCCGAAGACAGAGCAGUUGAUCAAACGAUUUUUCUGGUGUCAGUGGGAUUCGCUCUACCAGAGGUUGUACUAUCUACAAUACAUGAAGCGAGGGGAGGGGGAGAAAGCAAAAAUCAGCCCCAGUAUAUCCUGUAUACAGUUCUACCAGAACGCCCAACACGACAACAUCGUAAGUAUCUACCAGCACGCCCAACACGACAACAUCUUGGAUAUACCGAUUCAGUUCCCUUUUCCACAUAUAAAGUCGACUUCAAAAGUUCAGUAUUCUAAUGACCAUUUGGACAGUGGCAUCCCUGAUUCCUAUCUCAAUAUGGUGGUGCUGACACUGGCCAAUGGAACGUUCUGUAUCUGCUAUCAAAAGAUGGAGACACCCUACACCGCAGACAGACGAUCACCGGUCAAGCGAGCCAAGAAAUCACCAGGACCGAACCCUUCUCCUCUGAGUGCCCACAGUCUAUCAGACACGGAUGAAGAGACCACCGACAUCAAUUACUACAUCUGUAUGGUGCAUCACGCCAAGACCCUCCAUGGUUGUGUAACGGGGCUUCCACAUUCCCGAAAGUACAGACUCAAUUUCUCUUGGCAUGGAGACUAUCUGAUGGUGAUGUUACCCGGACAUUUUGUUCAUCUGCUGAAUGUCGGAAUCGAGUUUGAACCUUGCCAGCAUAUCCUCUUACAUGAGCGCAGCAUUCAGGGAAGCCUAGACUCCAUACACAGAGAUGGUGAAGAUAUCAGGCAGACAGGAAGUGGGGAUUCCCAUGGCAACAGUUCGUCAGCCAUUGUUGAUGUGUCUGUGUUGUCAACCGCUGCUGAAAAAUUGAACAACAUAUCAAAUUCUAGUCUGCAGGAGCUACAGAGAGACUCACCAACAGGCAGCAGUUUCUAUGACAACUCCAGUGGUGCUGUUUGGAGGGUCCAUGUCAACAUGGAGACUCUGAUCCAACUGUUUGUGCAUUGUUAUAUGUCCACCACCAGGGCGGCGCUGUUACACUAUGUUCUGACGAGGACACGGGACUUCUUCCUCAUCAAAAGACUCUUUGAAAUGCUGAGCAACGACAUACCAAGUUGUGAGGUACCUGCAUUAAUGGCAGAGUUUCUCAUUGCGACUACCUAUUCCUCUAUGAGGCGACAGUUUGACCGUGAGAUCCUGAAACUCGUACCAUUCACAGCUUCCGACACAUUUAGAGGACAAUUUGAAAAGAGCUAUGAGGGGGAGAGAAUCGCCCGUGUUUCCUAUAUGCCAUUGGCCUGUGUAAGCAUCGCCUCUAAGUCAGCCAAGGACCGGUCACAAAAGCGGGGCAGUGUGGGGGACGACCUCUGGGACAUACUCAGGCACCACCUGCGCUGGAUGCAGUUAGAAGAACUGGUGCGGUUCUCACACAAGUCAGUGAAAACCCUGUGUGAGGCGAGGACCAAAAGCAUGGAAAAGGGAGGAUCUCAGGGCACUAAGACAGAGGACCAGUAUUUCUGCUCUUCUCUUCACGGACACAAAACGAGAUCUAGUAGAUCGGUGUCCCCGGCUCCUGGGACCCUCACCUUCAACAACAACAACAAACGAGUGCGGCCCGACACAGUACUCGGGACAGCACCACCAUUUUUACAGGGCAUCAACAUCGCGGAACUCUCAGAAAUAGCUGUAGACACGACCAAGGAAUUGUUCACUAAUCAUCUCAACAAAUAUCUAAGGAAGGAAGCAAGGUCGAAAGGUCAAUCAGUUGCUAAGGAAUACAUUGCGUGCCAGAUCCAGCAGUCCAGACAGCUCUGUCACCUCCUGUGGAACCUCCGAGGUCCCCUGCUUCCCUAUACAGACCUCGAUUUCCUACCUAAUCUGACUGACCCCUCCACGGAUGACGAGUAUGAAUUAUUCCAGCUGUUUGAGAGAUACUACCAGACCUGUACUGAAUUUUCAUUCCCUCUGCCUCAGGGUUUCAUAUCAUACUUCACUGCUCUUGGUUAUCGAAAUUUGAAUUCCAGCCUAUUCCUUCAGUAUGUGGAUCAUGGAGUCUUGCAGCUUACAGGAGAAUUCAUGGCUCAAGUUCUAGCAGACAUUCGCAACACCAAAGAGGAAGUAAAGAUGAAGCAGCAAAUUAUUUCCAGAUUACCACAGAGUUUGGCUGAAGAAUGUUACCGGGAAUGGAACCACCCUCUGUGUCAGAUUUACUUCGCCCACAAACAAGUAUCCAACAUUCUCGAAGAUUGCAUGGCCGCUCCUCAGGAAGAAGCCGGUAGACAGCUCUCGGAUCUCUCCUACAUGGCACGAGAUAGAUCGGAGAGUUCGGGUUCCAGCUUGAUGGACAUCUCCUUUCCUCCUCUGGCCUCCUUCCUCCAUUAUCUGGAGACGCUGGAAAACUCUAAACACACUCACGGCCAGAGCCCGUUAGAUGUGAAUUUCCUGGCAGACGUCGCUCUGUACCACACCAAAGUAGACAACAAAUACGACAUGUCUACCGUGAAUUUCUAGUCCUCCAUUACUGCCCCAUCAGUGUCCGUCUGCUUCAAGGCAAAUCAAAAUGUUCAAAUGUGAUAUACCGGUGGAAGUCGGCAUGGACAGGCUGAAUAUUGACGACUCCAUCAGGAACAGUAUCUGUGAUAAACAGACUUUCUUUUUCUUAAAUUUGUAUUUUAACUUAAGGAUGUGUGCAAUAUUGUAGGUGUGUUUUAGUUUGUGUUUUAGAAUGUUUUAGUUUGUGUAUUAGAAUUAGUGAUUGUUUGUUUUAGUUUGUGAAUUAGAAAUAGUAAUUAGAAACUUUGCAAUUUUCGUGAUGCCCACAUUUUAGAGUUACAGAGUAAUAGUUCUUGCAAACUGAUUGCAGAUUACAAGUCUGUGUUUUAUAUUUUGAAUUUUACUGUGAUGCAGAACAAACUUUCCAUGCAGUUAGAUUUGGGGAAAAUUUUUAUGACAAACUAUUGAAAAUUGAAAGCCCUUGAAAUUUUGCCGACUUUAGAUAGUUACAUCAUUUAAAUUUUAUCUACUCUGUAAAAUUACUACUUUUUUGUAUUUUGUUGUUUUACAUUAAAUUUUACAGGUUACUUUCAAAGCAAAGUAAAACUCAUUGUAAUAAGCACAACCCUGAGUCCUGGAAAAAAUACAUUUUUUGUACAAGGCUGGUAUUACCAAUUCAGAUAUCAUACAUUCGAAGAGACAAUAGUUUGGAGGUCAAAGGUCAUGCAAGGUUAAAUUACUUCAGCCGUGAAAUAAUAUCAGAUCUGCUCAAUAUCUGAAAGCCCUUCGGUGGAUGGACUUCCAACUUGAUAUACUGGCAAGGAAUAGAUGACCCUUAGUGAUUUUGGGGUUUUGAAUUUUUUCUGAAAAACUACAUAACUAAUUUCAAUCCCAUUGAGUGAGGAGAUAAAAUCUGUACCAUUGUAAGGCCACGUCUUCUUUCAGGAGGACAUAAGGAAGAAACUAUGAUAAGAACUCGACUAGGAAAACCAAAUCAUGCAUGAAAGCUUUCUUACAUAGUGAAAAAUUCAAGUUUUGUUCAAAUCUUGACCACUGGGGUUAAGGUUGAUCCAAGACCGUUGCAUAAAUUUUCAAACUCCUAGUCACCUGAUCCCACCUCUGGUGUGUCCAGGGGUCCAUGUUUGCCUAACUAUUUUGUAUUGCUUGUAGGAGUUAUGAGAUUGAUCACUGUUCGUUAUCUUCACCUUUCAUGUACAAGUGUACCAAUGUGUUUUGCAAGCAUUGUAUGUUAUCUAUUUCAUACAAAGUCCCCUACUGGAAAUAAAACGGUUCACAGCCACUAACAUCAGCCAAUAAGCCCAGAUAUUAAGGAAAUCAUCAAAGAACUGAGAGUACUCUUAAUAGAUUGUUAUAUCCGAUCUCCAUAAUCAGAGAUUUUGGUUAGUAUUCAUGAAUAUAUCUGCUUUUUUGUCUGAAUGUCCUUAUAUAUAGCUGUGUAGAAAUAUGAACUCUUGUUGGGACCUCGCAAGUCUGGUGAAUCUGCUCUGCAUGAGGAUUAUUGCAUGUUAAUUUGUACCCCUGUUUUAAGAACAUUCCAAUUACACAAGACCUAUGUUAGCAUUGAACUUUUAUUGUUGAUUAACCUUGACCUUGGGGUCCAUGAUUUGAACGAACUUGAAUCUUUGUAAUAUAUAUAUAUACUUUCGUUCAAGUCUUGCCUUUUCUAAUGCAGUAGUUAAAAUUGAGAAAUAUAUUUCUUAUUUUCUUCUCCUCGUAAGUAGGCAUGGUCCUUCUGUUGAAGAAACUGGUAUCCCCUCAACCUACAGUCUGACUAAUAAUACUGCAGUGAGAUAGUUCAGUCUGACUAAUAAUACUGCAGUGAGAUAGUACAGUCUGACUAAUAAUACUGCAGUGAGAUAGUUCAGUCUGACUAAUAAUACUGCAGUGAGAUAGUUCAGUCUGACUAAUAAUACUGCAGUGAGAUAGUUCAGGCUGACUAAUAAUACUGCAGUGAGAUAGUUCAGUCUGACUAAUAAUACUGCAGUGAGAUAGUUCAGUCUGACUAAUAAUACUGCAGUGAGAUAGUUCAGUCUGACUAAUAAUACUGCAGUGAGAUAGUUCAGGCUGGUUUUGAUUUCACUGUUUGACCCAAGAAUGCUUUUUGGCAUGUUUGGUUGAAACAGGUUCAUGCAUUGAUUCUGAAGAAGUCGAAAAUGUGGGAAGUUUACAAAUAGUAAGGCUGGUGUUAGUCAGACUGGGUUGAGUAGAAUCCAAUUUCUUCGGUAAUAGUAGGACCUGGUUCUAUCUAGCUUGCCUGAAACAGAGGCUCGUGAUAUUUUUUUUCUCUGAUCAAAUGUUAAAUGUUGUUGAUGACAAUAAUAAUCAAUUUUAAAAUUUGCAAUAUGAGAAUAUCAUCAUAGCGUUACGAAUCAUUGAUGUCAUUCUUUACACAUAUCAUGAUUACUUCUUCAGUAUUAAAGACUUGUCAAAACCAA